UGACUUUAAUGAGAGCUGACAUGAGGAGGAAUCUUUUUCUGGAAGAUUUCAGUUAAAGAACAUUUAACUUUCUGAAAUCCUUUAACUUCACACGGACUCAUUGCAAGACAGUAAGAGAGAGGAUAUUUGUGUUGCAGCGAGAAUUCCAGGAAAACUAACCCUGAGGAGAGAGAAGGAGGGAGGAGAAGAUGCAGCAGCUGGAGUUUCAUGCACCUCUGCAACAGGAAGCAGAAAAUGACACUGGAGCCAGUGAAGAGGCGGAAGACUCCGCUCUGUCGUUUCAGAACUUGACCAGCGGAAACUGUGUGUAUUUGGACUGGUAAAAAAUGAAAGCUCCCAUUCCUCUCCUGAUCCUGCUUCAUGCCGUUGUGGUCCAUUGCCUGAAAGUGGUGUCGAAAAGAGGCUCAGUGGAAGGCUGCACGGACUGGUCAGUGGACUACCUGAAAUACAAGGUGCUUCUGGGGGAACCUGUACGGAUUAAGUGCGCUUUAUUCUAUGGAUAUAUCCGGGCCAACUACACCCAUGCACAGAGUGCAGGACUCAGCCUUAUGUGGUACAAAAGUGCAGGACACGGGGACUUUGAAGAACCCAUCAGUUUCGAUGGCGCAAGGAUGAGCAAGGAGGAGGACGCCAUUUGGUUUCGACCAGCGGAGUUGGACGACGUGGGCUACUACUCCUGUGUAUUAAGGAACUCCACGUACUGCAUGAAGGUGUCCAUGUCUCUCACGGUGGCGGAGAAUGACACAGACCUCUGCUACAACUCCAAAAUGAGGUUCUUUGAGAAGGCAGAACUGAGCAAAAGCAAAGACAUCACCUGCCCGGGCAUUGAGGAUUACACACAGCCGGGAGUGGAGCCUGAGAUUGUGUGGUACAAGGAAUGCAAGCCAAAGCAGUGGAGACAAACCAUAGAGAGGAGGGGGGACACUCUGUCCAUCAAGGAAGUACGGGAAGAUGACAUUGGGAAUUACACCUGUGAACUGCAGGUCGGGAAUUUUGUGGUGCGGACGACUACGGAGCUCUCGGUCACAGCCCCACUGACAGACAAGCCGCCAAAAAUCCUUUCCCCUUCAGAGAGCCAGAUGAGCGUCAUAGAGAUGGCGAUCGGAAGUCCCGUCAACCUGACAUGCCGAGCGUUCUUCGGAUACAGCGGUGACGUCAGUCCGCUCAUCUACUGGAUGAAGGGGGAGAAGUUUAUCGAGGAUCUGGACGAGGAGCGCGUUCAGGAAAAUGACAUCAAGAUAAUCCGGGAGCACCUCGGGGAGCAGGAGGUUUCCAUCUCUCUGACCAUCGACUCUCUGGAGGAGAGCGACUUCGGCAACUACUCCUGCUACGUGGAGAACGGCAACGGACGGAGACAAGCCAACAUCCAGCUCGCUAAGAAAGCCGAGCUGAUGUACACAGUGGAGCUGGCCGGCGGCCUGGGAGCCAUCCUGCUGCUGCUCAUCUGUCUGGUGACGCUGUACAAGUGCUACAGGAUCGAGCUCAUGCUCUUCUACAGGAACCACUUUGGCAGCGAGGAUAUAGACGGAGAUAACAAGGACUACGACGCCUACCUGUCCUACACCAAAGUUGACCCGGAUCAGUGGAGCCAGGAGACUCGCGAGGAGGAGCGCUUUGCCCUGGAGAUCCUCCCCGACGUGCUGGAGAAGCAUUAUGGGUAUAAACUCUUCAUUCCAGACAGGGACUUGAUCCCCACAGGAAGUUUCACCAAUGAUCAUUUCCAGGAUGACACAAGACUACUUAGAGCCUACAUCGAGGAUGUAGCACGCUGCGUGGACCAGAGCAAGCGCCUCAUCAUUGUCAUGACGCCCAGCUAUGUCGUGCGGAGGGGCUGGAGCAUUUUUGAGCUGGAGACACGGCUGCGCAACAUGUUGGUGACCGGCGAGAUCAAGGUCAUUCUGAUCGAGUGCGCCGAGCUGCGCGGCAUCAUGAACUACCAGGAGGUGGAGGCCCUGAAACACACCAUCAAGAUGCUGACGGUCAUCAAGUGGCGCGGGCCGUCCAGCAACAAGCUCAACUCCAAGUUCUGGAAGCAGCUGCUCUACGAGAUGCCCUUCAAGCGCAUGGAGCCCCUGAGCAUCUCCCACGAGCAGGUGCUGGAUGUCAGCGAGCAGGGCCCCUUCGGCGAGCUCCAGACUGUCUCGGCCAUCUCCAUGGCAGCAGCCACCUCCACCGCCAUGGCGACGGCACACCCGGACUUGCGCUCGACCUUCCACAACUCUUGCCACACUCAGAUGAGGCAGAAACACUAUUACCGUAGCUACGACUACGACCUGCCGCCCGGAGGCACGCUCCCACCGCUCUCCUCGCUAGGCAACCAGCACACCUACUGCAACAUCCCCAUGACACUCAUCAACGGACAGCGGCCGCAGUCCAAGUCGCCUCGGCAGCAGAGUCUGGAGGAGGCCCACGGCAACAACGCUAUGCUGCCGCUGCUGCCCAGGGAGACCAGUAUAUCCAGCGUCAUCUGGUGACAGAGACGGGCUGGGUAGACUGCGGAUCUGUGCGAUGUCCAACUCAAGAAGGAGUCACCACUGGCACUUGGGCCCUGAACGCACCAGGGCCAGAUGAACCUGAAUGGCACUAAGCUACUCGCUGCUGUUGAAUUUGCACCAGGAAAUCACAGGGGGAGGGAGGAGGACAGGGUGUCAGACACACUGGACGAGUUUGUCAAAGGAGGUGGUGGCGGAUGUUUUUUUGCUUUUGGUCUAAUAAGAGCUUUUAUUGAAACUGAAUAAGAAAAAAGAAGAAAACUUUUUUCUAUGCCUGUAUAAACACUCGUAACACAAGCCAACACCUACGAUCAUUUACCCAGAGAGUCAAGGAAUACAGGGUCCUGUACAUACGUUUUUCUAAUUCUUUGUAGCAUCAGUGUUUGGGACUUGUUUCUUCUUUUAUGUUUUUUUGUUUUCAGUUUUGAUUUCUUUUGUUUUGUACAAAAGUGAAGCAAUGGCCUGUGAGAUGUGGUGGUUAAACCAGUGUUACCUUUAUCUUAAUUUGUUGGCUGGUGUAGUUUGUAAAAGCUUCUAGGUUUAUUGGGGGAGGGGCUAGAGGGUGGGAAGGAUUCCAAUUCGCAGCCUCUGUGAGAUGAGAGCGAUCCUGUUUCCUCUGGCUGCUGUGAGGGUUAAAAAUCUGACGUGGACUCAAUAAGAAUAUGCAAAAUACGGAGUCCAGGGAGGCGGGAGAAGAUGGGGGAUAUGAAUAAAAUGGUGCUAGGCUUCACCUCUUUGUGUUUCUCUCACGAUAACAUUUACUUUGAAAACAAAAAAAACCAACGUUGCUAUUUACCUUAACAGAUGAUUAUAUCACAGAAAGUGAAUUAUGUGUAUUACUUUAUGAAAAAAAGAGAAGUCUAUUUUUGUAACAGAGGGAUAUUUGCUUAGAGAAGUUAUAAAGAUUCAGAAAGAUGGAAUAGAGUAAACACACACACACACACAAAACAACAGGUCACGGAAAUCGAUCGAUGGUUCACUAAAUGUCUUAUAUAGCAAGAGAAGAAAAAAAGUUUAUGUUUUCAUCAUUAAAAAGGAAGAGUUUUGACAUUUCAACACUCGGCAGCUCAGCAGGCAUUUUACGUUCAUUGUUUUACCGUCAUCGCAGCGAUUCCCAGUUGAUUUAACAAGGACGGGGCUCCGCUAUCCCGUCCAUGAUGUCAGUGCAGAUGGAGGAGAGGUAAGCCAUGACGACUAGCGUCACCCGAGAUAUUCACCGUAACCGGUUUCCCCUUUCCAAACAAGGCUGUCCAGGGCUUAAGUGUUAUCUCUUGUUAUUCAUUUCCUCUCAUACGACAGCUCUGUAAUUUGCGUGCCAUCGCCUUUGUCGACGGAAAUGAUCCGUCUGUAGAGUAACCAGGUCUCAGAUAAAUAAAAUAGGGCUUUUAAUUGUGGUUCUUUCUCCGGUCAGCCUUGGUGGCUUGGCAAUGCUGCAGUGACGGGGUUUAGGAAUUAAAAAAAGAGUACAUAGCAAUGAAGAGUUUUAUUCCCAAAUCUGUUUGGAAAUAUAUUUAAUAAUAGAUGUAACAUUUAACAAAUAAUCCUGACAAAUUCUCUUCAAAAAGAAUGACACCCUUCUAAAAACGAGAUGUAAUCGAUGGUUACGAGCGACGGGACCGAUUUUAAAAUGGAAAUAAAAGUAUUUGUAACUAUAAAAAACAAAAAGCUAGUUGAUGCAAGUUAGACCAAAGUGACAGUGAACCAUCCCUCGCUCACUGUUCCUGUGAACCGAGGGCGUGAUUUCAUUGAAUCAUCUGAAAAAAAAGAGCCACUCUCACGAAUCCACUCGGAGCCGCGAAGGCCGGCGGACUUUACGUCUCCUGCAGCUGUGUCAUAUCGUUUGUUUUCGUUUUCCAGGAACCAGCGUCAAACUAAAACACCGGACGAGGAUGUUUCAUUCAGUGCCAUAAAAUAUGCAAAGGGUUGAACUUGUAAACAGUCAAGAAGAAUCGUGGUUUCUUUUCCCCCCUUUAGCUUCCCGCACUUUUUGCUUUUACAGAAUGUUUCAGCACAGGCCUAGGUUUGCGGAAGCGGACUCUAAUUCCUCUUUGUUUUCGACCAGUAGAUUCUAUCCAGGCCUGUUUGUACGCACCUCAAUCAAACCCCCCCCCCAUGAGAAGAGUACAAUGAGGAGGAUUGCGUUGAAGAGUGUGUCGUGCUUUUUAAAUAUGGCGUUGUGUAAAUAUAAUCAAAACAAUAACGGGAUGGAGAUGAAGACAAUCGAGCCGUAUUCAUGAAAGCCUCCCAAAGCAAAAAUACUAACCCUGACUUGAGGUGGAGAAUCUAUGACGUUUGCUCCUUCUGCUUUGAGAGGCUGCGUGAAUACAAGGCAUUUUCUAGUGGGGGUGGCGGGGGGUUGAUACACAUUUUUGUUUCAUGAGGAAAUUGAACAUUUCUGGCAACGUGGAUUUUGGUGGUGAAGACGAUGAAAACGAUGACGAAUAACAACGAGAAUAUAUAGCACAGAAUUAUUCCAGGCACUUUCACGACUCUUGAGUCUCUCUUGUUUCUGAUUUAUUUUCUAAUAUGUAUCGCAAUGUUCAUUA